AGUAAGACUCACUUUCAUAACGCAGCGCACGCUUUCUGUCUGGAAACUUUCAAAAAGGAUUCGUUAUAAACUCAUCACCUUCAUGUCGGCACUGCUGAAUAUUUCCUCACCGAUGCUAUGGUUACCUUUAUUACGAUCUUACAGGUGAAUCUAGUGAUGUCCAUCUUGCUGUACGUGAUGUUCCUCGCGUACCUCUAUGGUAUCUCAGUUUCUACGAUGGACAAGAAGCGCCCCACGCAGGACCCCAUCAACACGCUGAUCAUAAAGCUCCUGCAGGCCGACAUCAGCCGCAGUCGUCAGAAGCAGGACGACGCGGUUUCUUACUCCACCAUAAAGACACCUGCAGUGGCAGACUAUAGGGAGAAAGUCAGCGACCAGCCUGUAACGGACAUCUCGAUUGAGCUCCUGCGUCAGCACAAACAUUACAACUCGCCGCGCGUGCUCCUCAGCGACCGGCCUCCGCUGCAGCCGCCACCGCUCUACCUCAUGGACGACUUUGUCAGCAACCAGGAUGGCAGCGGCACCAACAAGACGCGGCAGAAACGCAACACUGAGCACAAGAGCUACAGAGCGGAGUAUUCUGUGUGCGAAAACAUCAGCCUGUGGGUGAACAGGACCACGGCUGUGGAUGAUCACGGACAAGUGGUGACGAUUUUGAGGUCCUUCAAUGCGGGACGCAGAAUUAUCCAACAGUACUUUUAUGAGACAAGAUGUGACACAAGCAAGUCCCAAAAGGGCAGCUGUCAAGGUAUUGACAAGAAGCACUGGAACUCGCAGUGUAAAACCUCGCAGUCUUAUGUGCGUGCUCUCACGCAGUAUAAAUCAUCUGUGGGAUGGCGCUGGAUACGAAUAGACACCUCGUGCCUCUGCGCGAUCUCACGCAAACACCGUAGGACAUGAAAAACACUGCAGCGACUUCUCUGCUAUCUCACUUAUGUUCCCUGGGGGGGCUGUAAAUAUAUAAAUAUAAAUUAUUAUUUAAGUUAUAUGGAAUGCAUAUAGUUUAUACAUGUCUAUGUAUAAUGUAUAAAUAUACUUGUUAUUUGUUGUUAUUGUUUUAUAUCUUAAAAAAAAAAAACGUACAGUAACUUGCAAUGCCGCUAAGCUGCAGGAGUAUUGCAUGCUGAAUUGUGCCUUGCUCAAAUAUCAGAGUUAGAGGACAUGUCACUCCGCUAGACCUGGACCUUGGGAACAGUUGCAAUGGAAAACACAUAUCACUCAAUAUCAAAUUAACUUCAGUAUUGUUCAUGAAAACUAGUUUUUCUACUGAAACAGGUUGCUAGUAAAUCCUCUUUGGGAAUGAGAAAACUAAUCACCGUUGUUGUUGUAUAUUGAAUGGGAAUGUGUAAACAUACAGUGUAUCAAACCUGCAUGAAAUACCUAAGAAAUACAUAUUUUUCUAAGCACUCCUAUUAGUGUUUUAUAGGUGCAGAGAGUCAAUCCUAGCAGAACACAAGAAAUUGCUUUUAGCGCAUUGCAACAUAGCCGCAAUAAAGUGGGAACGAAAGCAGCCAAGUGUUAACUUUUAAGGGACCAAUGAUAAAAAAAAAAAUUCUCACCGUAGCUUUGUAACCCUGAGGAAGCUCCUCAACAAAUAACUAACCACACACUUCUCUGGCAUCCCUCCCAGCCCUCCAGAAACCACCAGAAAUAAGCUUACUGCACUUUUAACCUCUUUUCGAUCACCUGCCAUGAUCAGUAGCAACUUCACCACCUUAAAGAGCGUAGCCAGCACACGCAAUAGCAGCAUGUAAACAAAGGGCUGUUGCUAAUAACACUGUAGUCUUACCCAGAGGUAAAGCUGCCUUAAGACCAUGUACAAACAUGCAGAGCUGGGAUUUGAUCACAUAAUCUCCCCCUUAAGAGGGUUUCGCUCUUGUCAGACUCAUCUUAGGAGAUGAGCAUUUCACCGGUGCGCUGUGGCUAAAAAAAGGCCUGCCGUGUUUCCCCCCUGUACAUUUAUGUAAAGAGACUUGCUCAAUUGCUAGUCAGGAGACAGUAAGGUAAAGAGAUUUCAGUAAGAUUUGCGAUACACGAUCACUUUACAAAACAUGGCAUUCUCUUCAACAAAUCAAUAUUUUGUAAUUUACAAUAAAUAUGUUAUACCCAAGACGACAUGUUUGUCAGCAAAGCAUAUAAGAAGCAGAUGGACAGCUCAUUUGAAGAGCAUUAGCUUGGCUGUUCUUCAGGCUCAUCUUUGUGCCACAUGUCCCAGGUCAACUCUGAUUUGUCCAAAUGUCCAGAAUGAACAUCAUGCAGAAACCAGAAUUUACCACCUACAUAUAAUACUUACUUCUGUACCAGCAUAUAAAACUAGCAGGGUGAGCUGGAAUGUGGUCCAAACCUAUUACUACAUGAAGUAUUGUGCCAAGACUUCGUCCUCCAAGGUCUGAACAUAAAACUUUAUUAGCGUUAAAUUGUCUGUUAUAAUGUGGCUAUAAAAAGAUCAGUAUAAAAAUUGUAUUGUAUUGUUUUAGUGCUUUUUAAUGCUUCACGGGUUGUUGGAGAAAGGCACUUUAAACAAGCAAAAGGUUUCGCUUUUUUUGUGGCUGACGGCUCUCUUCGAGUGCUUGAAUUGGAUGCAAGGUUUUGAAACUCAGAUUCGAAACAGAACCGCAGACCACCGAGGAUACAACACACCUUUCUCAAUCUCGGAUUGCGUCCUGCUUCGGUAAAAACAGGAUAAAAGCUGAACACAGGAACUCUGUUUUCCAAGGAUGCUGUUGGGAAUUGGCCCACACAGUUGUCUAAAUCCAUUGCCUUUCCUGUAACACACAUUAUUGCACUGGACCAUGAGGAUCCCUAAAUGAUUUUGACUUCUUGGAUGACACUCACUGAAACAUUCCCAUGUAUUUUAUGCUGUCUUGAAAAGCCCUGCUGGUGUAAAGCAUACUGUGUAGGAUUCUUGCAGCUUUAAACCACUACAACCAACCUUAUAAUGAAUCAAUGGCCACCGCUGACACCCAAGGACAAGGACUCUUAUGCUGAAAUAAAGCUGUGCCAAAACACACCAAACUCUAUUUAAGCACUACAUGCUUCCUAACAAUAUUCAGACAUGAAAAUUAUCCCCGGAGUGUCAAAACAAAUUUGAAUAUCGCAAGACAAAUCCCUAUUUCAGUAAAGAAGAAAGACUCAUUUGCUUGAUGGUCGUGGCUUAGCGAAGUAGUUUCUUUUGGCUGUACCCUCUUUUGGCAUUACACAUUGUUUUUUGUUUCGUUUUUUUGAAAGAAAGGUUUUUCCCAUAAUGACAGUGUUUCUUAAAAAUGUCUUUCUCAUGCUGAUACUUGAAGGAGCGCUGUUUAUCUGG